AUGUAUAAAGACAAAGACAAUUGGGAACAAGUCUGGUACAAGCUGAGAGGUGUACCAUUAGAAUUGUUUAGAACAACUAGGGGUAAUGCAAUCAGACAAAUUAAAUAUAGCUUGUUUCAAAAAUUUCGGAAUUUAGAAGAAAUCAAUCAUGAUGCAACAAUAAACCAAAUAUUAGAGUGGAAAGACAAUGACUCAACAAAGGAGACCCUUGACUCUUUAUGUGAGAUUGAAGAGGAUGAUGAUAUGACUUUCUUUGAAAAUAUCACAAGAGAAGCCUUUUCUGGUGAUAGAGGAAAAAAAGAAGUUAUAGAAUUAAUCUGGAAUAAUAAUGAUGACAAUAAUGAUGACAAUAGUGAUGAACCAUCAUUGUCGACACAAACAAGCAUAAACGAUUACUUUCACAUAUCAAAAUAA